AUGGCGAGCGCCGACGUCGCGCAGGCCGAGCCUUUACCGCUCAGUGAGUGCCGUCUUUCCGUUGUCCUCAGCAGCGGGCGAUUGCGAGGCCUUGGGUCGGUGUUCCGACGACGGUCGCGACGCCAGGCCGAACUGCGCCUCACCUCACGGGCUGGCGUGGAUGAGCCUGACUUCAACGAAAAGGUGACGACAAUUCCGAACCCGGUCGAUAGCUCAACCGCGGCGCUGCUGCAGGAGGAGACUACUGAGCAGCUGACACGCGUGAAUAAUCAGGACUCGCCCGCCGGCGAUGAACCUUCAGAACCGCCCAACCCGACAAGUGGCGAGCCUAAGUCAUAUGCCGCAGUCGUCGCGGACGGUGAGACGGCGCCUCAGGCAGCCGCCAGGGCGAAGAAGAUCGAGACAGAGGGCAGUGACACUCCUUAUCCGCCGCUCAGGACCGAACGCUCUCACGGGCGACAUGAGCGUGAGGCGUGGAGGGCAGGUGGCAUCCGUUUCGCGCCUUUGCGGGUGCCCCUGACGCGGCGAAUGCAGACAGGAGCGGUGCUCUUCCACUGCAUGUCCAUUGUCGUCAUUGUGUCCAUGUUUUGGUUCACGUGUGCCAACCCAUUAUCAUGGCCCAUCUUGGUACCGUAUCUACUGCACCUGACAAUGUCGACGGCGUCGACGGACGGGAAGCUCUCGUAUCGCUCCGAGUGGCUGCGCUCGCUGCCGCUGUGGAGGCUGUUUGCGGGAUACUUCCCCAUGGCACUCCACAAGACGUAUGACUUGCCACCGAACCGCAAGUACAUCCUGGGCUAUCACCCGCAUGGCAUCAUCUCCCACGGCGCGUGGUGUGCCUUUGCGACCAACGCGCUCGGCUUUGGCGACAAGUUCCCCGGCAUCACCAACAGCUUGCUGACGCUCGACUCCAACUUCCGCCUGCCGUUCUACCGCGACUGGAUCCUGGCCAUGGGCAUCCGGAGCGUGUCCAAGGAGUCGAUCCGCAACCUCUUGUCCCGGGGCGGACCAAACAACGACGGGCAGGGACGCGCCGUCACCAUCGUCAUUGGCGGUGCUCGCGAGUCUCUGGAGGCGCAGCCGGGCCACCUGCGGCUGAUUCUCAAGGGCCGCAAAGGGUUCAUCAAGAUGGCGCUUCGCACCGGGGCGGAUCUGGUACCCGUGAUUGGUUUCGGCGAGAACGACCUCUACGACCAGCUCAGCCCGAAGACGCACCCCAUGGUACACAAGGUGCAGAUGAUAUUGCUCAAGGUGUUCAAGUUCACCAUUCCCGCACUCCACGGGCGCGGCCUCCUCAACUACGACGUCGGCCUCAUGCCGUACCGUCGGCAGGUCAACAUCGUCGUCGGCAAGCCCAUCGAGGUCAACGAGUCGCACGGAAUGCAACCAGCACAGGAAGAGAUUGACCGGUACCACGCCCUGUACGUGGCCGAGGUGGAGCGCCUGUUUGCGGCGUACAAGGACCAGUUCUCUAACGGCAAGGUGCCGGAGCUGGAGAUUAUCUCGUGA